AUGACAAUUCGCCGUUUAAAUGACUCGGCUAUUCGCAAACUGCGUGCUUCUUUUAUUUCAACUAUUGCUCAGUGCGUCGUCGAGCUCGUUCAGAAUAGUCUUGACGCGUUAGCCACGUCCAUAGAAAUUCAUGUAGAUUUGAUGAAAUUUUUUAUUCAAAUUACUGAUAAUGGAUCAGGGAUUACACCAGAUGAUAUGAAAAAAAUUGGUGAAAGAUAUGCUACCUCAAAAUGUCAUACAUUAGAAGAUUUGGCAAAUGUAAUCACUUAUGGCUUCCGUGGAGAAGCUUUAUCUUCAUUGGCUGAAGUCUCAAUCUUGGAAAUAAUAAGUAAACAUCCUGAUUCUUACGACACAUAUAGUACUAUUCUGAAGGGUGGUCAGCGUCUUCAGUAUGGACCGACACGAAGUAGUAGACGUAAAAAGCCCGGGACUAUAAUAAUUAUUCGUGAUUUAUUUUACACUUAUCCUGUACGUCGUAAGCAUUUAUCAGAGAAUAAAUUCAUCAAUGAACUCGAAAAUGUUAAAAAAUCAGUAGAAUCUAUAGCGUUAAUUAAUCCUCAAGUGACUUUCAUAUUAAUUGACGCGUUAAGAGAUAGAAAAAUUGUUACAACAAGAAAGGUUACAAAUAGUAUUUCUACUUUUCGUCAGCUUUUUGGAUCAUCUUUGGCGCAGUCUCUUGAAAAAUAUCCGGUAUUCUUCAUUCAUCUCACUUGUCCAACAACUAAUUAUGAUAUAUGUUUGGAUCCAGCAAAAAAUAUAAUAGAAUUUAAGAAUUGGUCCAAAAUUUUAGGCCUCUUUUCUGCACUAGUAUCACAAUUUCUGGUGCAACAUGGCUUUUCAUUACGUGAGAUUGAGUCAAUACCAAGUUUAGAUAAUUCUUCAACCAUUUCAAUAAUUAAUCAAGGACCGAUAAAUCAUAAACGCGAAUUACCACUUUCUCUUGAAGAUAUAUUUCAUAUUAAAAGUGGAGGUCAAAAUCGGUACACAUUUCAUGAUAAAGAAUUUAAAAGGGAUUUAUACUACGUUAGCCACAGUGAUGAUCUUAUCGAAGAUAACAAAGAUUCAGAGAAUAACUUCAAAGCAAAUGGUCCAAGUUCUCAAGAAUUAAAUACCAGAAAAUCAAAAUCACGCUCUUCUAGUGCAAACAACAAAUUAAAAGCUAAAAUAGAUCGAAGUAAACUUAGAACAUCGAUCUUUCAUAACGAUGAUGACAUAGUUAAUAACUUUAGAGCGAUUUCAUGGGCAAAAGAGACUUUUGAGAAAUGGAAUAAUCCCGUUUUCAGAAGCACGGAAGUUCCAAUUCCUAUGCUUAAAGUAAUGACUGCAAAUAACAAAUUUACUUUGAUCACUAGUAAUUUUUUUUCAACUCGUUCAAAUGUUUCAGAGCAUCGAUUUUGUAAAAAAGAUAUUGAACAUGCUAAAGUUAUAGGACAACUUGAUGAUAAAUUCAUUGCUUGCAAGCUACCUUGUGCGCAAAAUAUUGAUCAAAACAUAGAUGAUAAUGGAGUUGACGAACAAAGACCACGUAAUAUUUUGGUUCUCGUUGAUCAACACGCAGCCGAUGAACGUGUGCGUGUUGAAAUGUUAAUGAAAGAAUUUUGUGAAUUUAAAAAACCGGAUCGAAUGGAUAUUGAAGAUGAUAGUGAUAUACAGCAAGCUAUUUCAUUUGUUGAAACAAUUCAACUUAAACCAUCAAAUAAGAUAAUUUUAACAUUUAGGGAGACACAAGCUGUCAGGAGAUUUGAAGACAACUUUAAUAAAUGGGGAAUAUUUUUUAGCGAUAAAUGUGAAACUAAGACUGAUAACACGUCUAAUACAUCGACCACUUCUUUUGUUUCGCCACAUUUUAUCUCUUCAAAAGAGGGUGACCUUAUUCCUAUUUAUGUGACUCAUCUUCCGAAAAUGAUUGCUGAUCGUUGUGUAUUAGAUGCAAGAAUGACACAAGAACUUAUCCGUCAGCACCUUUAUUGGUUAGAAGAUACAGGCGGUAUCGGCAUCGAUUUUAGCACAAAUGAUAACACUGAUGAAUCUAGAGAAUGGCGGACAAUGAUAAGAAAAUGUCCAAGAGGAAUUGUUGAUAUAUUAAAUUCCAAAGCCUGUAGAGAGUUGAUAACAAAACUUGCAGAAUGUGAUUUCCCAUUUCAAUGUGCACAUGGGAGACCAUCGAUGGUUCCGGUUCUAUAUCUAAAUGGAGCUCAAAAGCCCAUUUCGGUAUAUGGUCAAUUAAAUAAUUGUGAUUGGAAAAAGAUCGGAAUAAAAUCUCUUACAACCGUCGAUCAGACUGAUAGUCAAGGAACAGAAAGUAGUUGGAAACGACGAAAAAUAAAUUUGGGACGAUACCGGAUGUAA